CCCGCUUGUCCGUCCGCCCGCGCCUCCAGCGGAAGCCGGAAGCAAAAGCAGUCCCUGCUAGCCCCCGGCUCCGAACUCGGUGGUCUUGGAGGCUCCGCAGGAUGGGGGAGAAGAUGGCGGAAGAGGAGCCCUGGGCACAUAGUAGUGAAGGAGGCCGACCAGGAACCGCCCUCAGGUUCCCUAACACAACUCACGAAGGUUUCAAUGUCACCCUCCACACUACCCUGGUUGUCACCACAAAACUGGUGCUCCCGACCCCUGCCAAGCCCAUUCUCCCUGUGCAAACAGGGGAGCAGGCUCAGCAGGAGGAACAGUCAAGCGGCAUGACCAUCUUCUUCAGCCUCCUCGUCCUAGCCAUCUGCAUCAUAUUGGUGCAUCUACUGAUCCAGUACAGAUUACAUUUCUUGCCGGAGAGUGUUGCGGUUGUUUCUUUAGGUAUUCUCAUGGGAGCAGUUAUAAAAAUUAUAGAGUUCAAAAAAUUGGCAAAUUGGAAGGAAGAAGAAAUGUUUCGUCCAAAUAUGUUUUUCCUCCUCUUGCUUCCUCCUAUUAUAUUUGAGUCAGGAUAUUCGUUACACAAGGGUAACUUCUUUCAAAAUAUUGGCUCCAUCACCCUGUUUGCUGUUUUCGGUACAGCAAUUUCCGCUUUUGUAGUAGGGGGAGGAAUUUAUUUUCUGGGUCAGGCUGAUGUAAUCUCUAAACUCAACAUGACAGACAGCUUUGCUUUUGGCUCCCUGAUUUCUGCCGUCGACCCGGUGGCCACUAUUGCCAUUUUCAAUGCGCUUCACGUGGACCCGGUGCUCAACAUGCUGGUUUUUGGAGAGAGUAUCCUCAACGACGCAGUCUCCAUUGUCCUGACCAACACAGCUGAAGGUUUAACAAGGAAAAAUAUGUCAGAUGUCAGUGGGUGGCAAACAUUUUUACAAGCCCUUGGCUACUUCCUCAAAAUGUUCUUUGGCUCAGCAGCACUCGGCACUCUCACUGGCUUAAUCUCUGCAUUAGUGCUAAAGCAUAUUGACUUGAGGAAAACGCCUUCCUUGGAGUUCGGCAUGAUGAUCAUUUUUGCUUAUCUUCCUUAUGGGCUCGCAGAAGGAAUCUCCCUCUCGGGCAUCAUGGCCAUCCUGUUCUCAGGCAUUGUGAUGUCCCACUACACGCACCAUAACCUGUCCCCGGUCACCCAGAUCCUUAUGCAGCAGACCCUCCGGACCGUGGCCUUCCUGUGUGAAACAUGUGUGUUUGCAUUUCUUGGCCUGUCCAUUUUUAGUUUCCCUCACAAGUUUGAAAUUUCCUUUGUCAUCUGGUGCAUAGUGCUUGUACUGUUUGGCAGAGCCGUGAACAUUUUCCCUCUUUCCUACCUCCUGAAUUUCUUCCGUGAUCAUAAAAUCACCCCGAAGAUGAUGUUCAUCAUGUGGUUUAGCGGCCUGCGGGGCGCCAUCCCCUACGCCCUGAGCCUGCACCUGGACCUGGAGCCCAUGGAGAAGCGGCAGCUCAUCGGCACCACCACCAUCGUCCUGGUGCUCUUCACCAUCCUGCUGCUGGGCGGCAGCACCAUGCCUCUCAUCCGCCUCAUGGACAUCGAGGACGCCAAGGCGCGCCGCCGGAGCAAGAAGGACGUGAACCUCAGCAAGACAGAGAAGAUGGGCAACACCAUUGAGUCAGAGCACUUGUCCGAGCUCACGGAGGAGGAGUAUGAAGCCCAUUACAUCAGGCGGCAGGACCUCAAAGGCUUCGUGUGGCUGGACGCCAAGUACCUGAACCCCUUCUUCACACGGCGGCUAACUCAGGAGGACCUCCACCAUGGGCGCAUCCAGAUGAAAACCCUCACCAACAAGUGGUACGAGGAGGUGCGCCAGGGCCCCUCCGGCUCCGAGGACGACGAGCAGGAGCUGCUGUGACGGAGCACAGCGCCCCGUCCGGCCUCCUCGUGGCUCCCACGACAGACGCUCAGCAAGGGCCCCGGAGGGGCUCACGUGGGGCAGCCCCCUCAGGGGAGAUGGAAGCAGGGGGAAGCAAAGGCCCUGGUCUUCGGAAACCGGACGUCCCUGGCCCUUGGAGCCAGCUGUCUGCUUCCGAAGUAGGUCGCGUCCCCGGGCCUCAGCGGGCAGGACCCCUGCUCUUCGUGUUGCUUCUCAGCCCGCAGAUCAGAGGGACCAGCUGUCCGGGUAAAUCUUCCUUCUGCUUCUGCGGCCAGGGUGCAGAGUCCUCUGCCGGACUGAGGGACCCGAGAAGAGGAGCCGUGCCCUGCUGUGGAGCCUGCCGUGACUGGGGUGCUGCGGGAGCUGGGGCUUCUGCCAUUCCCAGCCAUGGCCCUGCAUCACAGGACCGCCUGCCUGUUCCAGCAGCACAAGGAGUCAGCCGCCAUUUCCCUUUGGUCAUCAAGGUUCCCGUGGUCUCAUCAGCAGCCGUUCGGACCUAAGUGGUGGGCUCGGAAAUCUGGAAAACCUCAUGCUCCCCUUUGUGAUGUUGCUUGCACUCCCUGAGAAGGAAAAACCUAGUGACCUUUUUCUUUACCUCUGCCUGGCACCUUGCAGGCCGUCUCCCUGGGCGGUGGGCAGCUGCUGCCCUCCUCUGGGAAUAGUGUGAAUGUUUACACUGGUUCAGCGAGGGGGCGCAUGACCCCAGUGGGGAGUCUCUUUGGAAGCUGCAUCCUUGGGUUUUGAGGGGUGAGCGAGCCUAGUCUGUGGGGUCAGUGCGCCCCCUGGAGGAAGAAGCUAGAGUUACAGGGCUCGUGCCCGCAGCAUCUGCUGUCUUUGAAUUCAGUUCAAAUUCAUGCACUUUGACAAAGGAACGAGAGCCUAGCAAUCACCUCCCUCGCUCGGUGGACCUUGUCCAUCCAGAGGCCCCAUUUCCUGGGCACCGUGGGGUCUGCCCACUGUUUGGCUACUGUCACUUUUACUGCUAAUCAGCACUUCCUCUUUCCCUGCCCCAGUUCUUCACUGGCCUGGGUCCCAGCUUCCCAGGGCCCAAGGGCAGGGGCCAGAGCAGCAGUGCUCCAUGCUCCUCCCCAGCCACCCCUGCCCAGAACUCACUCACAGAGCGUCUGUAUGUGCUCUCUCCCUCUCACAUGCACACGCCCUGCCCCGUCCCUGGGGUCCCGGCUCCCAGCUGUCUAGGGUGAGGAGCUUAGACUCAUGUUCAGGCAGAAUCACUACUGACUUUUGCCUCCAGUCCUCCCCUGCCCUUAACAAACCUCAUCCCUGCAAGCCUUUGCCCAUCUUUGGGCCAGUGGCAACUCCCCUGGGUGGUUCAGGGUCCCUGUCUUGGGACCCAGCACACCUCUGGGGUGGUGUAAUUCGUCAUGUGCAUGUCCUUGGUUCUCUGGGGGGACACAGCGGGCCAGCAUGGACCCUGGGCUGGCAGCACAUACAAUUCCAUCUGUUCUGCCUCAGGCAGCAUGGUCCUGGCUGUCAGGAAGGACUGACUUCAGAAACCACCAGGCCAGACCCCUUUCCGGAAGUGUGAGGCCAGUCAGACAGGAAGCACAUGGUUUCCUUUUUAUACAUGCAGAGAAAAUCUGCACUUGAUAGGGUUAAAGUAUACUCACUUGUGUUUUUGUAACCUCUCACUUUAACCUCGUAAUUUAAGCCAAAUGGGCAUAUUUUACUGCACCUGAUACCAUCACUGGAGGGGUAAUACCGUGCAUAAUUCUGGUCUCCAUCAUUUCCUACAUACUUCUACUGGAAAAGUAAGGGAAGAAGUCACAAAGGGAGGGGCCACAUCUGGCAGGAGGAGGCAGGGAUCCAAGACUGGAGUGUUCCCUAACCCAUAAGUAAUUCACCUUUCACUUCUAAAGUUCAGGGUCUGAUCUCAGAAUGUGUUCCUUGCAUUGUAAACUCAUUAGUUUACCAGAAAAUGUGGUGGGGGGCGGCUAGGAAUUCAGAUAAAGUAGUGAAAACAGGAUCUUCUCAAUUCAGACUGCCCCCUUGUCACCAGGUCCUGCCUGCCUCCCACUUUUAGCUGAGACCUGAAAAUGAUGCUGUGGUAGAGAAGAGUCCAAGGUUGGAAGGUCCCCAAGGCCUGGCUUAGUGGGCGGGGCACGUUCUCCCAUGAGCCUCUUCUGCCCCCUGCUGAAGUGAGGCUUUGGCGGGCUGGAGCCGGUUCCUGAAGAGGGAGCCUGUGUUCCUCCAGUCUGUUUCUUCACUUUUACCACAGGCAGAGCCCGUGGAAAUGUAUUUUCCUGGUGCAUUUUUUUCAAGUGUCUUUGCCUGAGAAUCAGAAAUUUGCUGCUAUCUACCUUUAGCAUACCUAAUGAUUCUGUUAUUGGGGGCAAUAAAUGCCUAAUAGAUUAAAAUAUAUAUAUAUAUAUAUAUAUAUAUAUAUAUAUAUAUAUAGUCCCUAGACAGGAAUAAAUCCCGUCUAGGUCUAGGCCAUGGGAGAGCUAUAGUGCACAGACAAGGUCACACUUCAGAGGGAGGGCCUGUGGGGAAACUGGCCCUUUAUCUGUGAACUGGGAAGACGUGCUGGUCUUGGGGAGCCAUGUGGUGACAAGCCACACACCCAAGGCGCCCGCUGCAGCCCUGUUGUAAGACCCCUGGGAACAACCCUUCCCUGAGGCUGGUGGUGUGGGACAUUACAGGGAAAGGAGCUGGCUUGUCCUAGGUCCCCAGAGAUCAGGUUUUAGGCUGGGCUGAGCCAGGGCCAGGCGGAAGGAGGCGGCUCAGCUCCAUAGUCGGGUGCGCAGACGCUCGGUCCAACGGCAGAACCAAAACCCUCCCGCACCCAGCAUGGCUACCUCUCUUCACAGUGGAAAUGCGGGCUGGGCCCUGGCUGAUGGAAGGGCCAAGGGGCAGGGCCUGGCCCAGAGUGGUGACCACCCCGGAGUACCCCAGGUCAGCCUAGGGAGCUCUGGUUUGCCUGUGGAUUCCUUUAUGUGCAGUGAAAUGUGGAAAGAUGGACGAGUGGGGAUCCUGUCCCUGAAACCCACGCCAGAGACGUCGUCAGCGAGACUCGCCCCCGGGAGGUCUCAGUUCCGCCUUCCCACAGGGGCCGGUGCACUUGGCAGAGUCCUCAGUGGGGUGGCCGCGGCCGGGACCCCACUUCGCCCUGGUUCAGAGAGUGAGGGUGGCGCCGGGUGGUGGCUGGCUUCUCCUCCGCCGCCAAGUCCUGGAUGGCAGAGGUGCGCGUCUCCGAGCUGGGAGGAAUCCGCCACAGGGAUCUGCCGUCAAGUCAGACGCUCAAUGCAAGGAGAGAGGGAAGAGGCGCCGUGGUCCUCCCCACUCUCUCCAGCACUCGGCUGUUUGUCCUGCUGGCUGAGCUGUGUAGGGAACCACCUCAGGCGUUCUCCACGCCGCAGCCCAUGGCUCGAACUCCGUCUGCAAAGCCCCGGGCAGUUUGGUGUAAACGGAAACACCCCCAGGGAGAGGCAGGAGCCACCUUGCCUUGCAUCUCGGUUCCUGCCGUCUGUCACGCAAGCCAAGCUGCACGUCAGGAACCCCCGCGGCCGCUGGUCACCUGACAGAAGAAGGAAGCCGCCAGUUCCCCCUGGGCUGCGCCAUCCCACUGGCUCACCCCAUUUCUUCACCCGCCCCCCAACACCGGGCCUUCCAGACGGGGAGCUGCCUGCCAGGCCACCCAGCGCACGCCAACCUGGCCAUCGGGGCGACAGCGUGGCCACACAGGGGACGCGCUGUGGGCGCUGCAGGGCAGGCUCUUCUGGAAGCCCCAGCCCUGCUGGCAGGAACCGCCGCAGGCCGGGGAAGGCUCCUUGCUGAGUGCCAAGCUCCGAGGACCUUUGGGGAGGUCAGGCUGCUGCUUUGUCCUGGUUCCUGAGAUGAUUUGCUGCUCUUCUGGAGGGGGCUUCCGAUCGGGUGGCUCGGGGAUGGGCACCCCAGGAGCUGCCACGCCCGAGCCCCGGCCUCAUCUCACUGCACUCUGUAAAGAAGGCAGAAACGGCUGGAGAACAGCCAUGUCACUGGCUAUUUAGAAAUAAACGUGAAUGCUGCUGG